AUCAUUAGAAAUAAUCUUCAAAGAAAAUUUUAAAUGCAAUCUGUAUUCAAUUUAUAUUUUGAUGUUGCAUUUCAAAAUACCCACUCCUUUCCGGCUUGGUUUAGAAAAGCCCAGGUUAAUUAAUUUUAUGGAGGUUGGAUUUGAUAGGAGAGUGAAUUGUAAGCAAAGCUAAUAAUUACCGCAAUAUCCAUCCUUCUUUGUUUGAACAGUAUCUGGUUUCAUAUUUUUGCUUCUUUUGGUUUGUUUACGAUGUUUGGAAGUUGUGAAUUUCCCAAACAAACCAAACUCACUUGCUAGACACUACUGGGUUUAUUGUUAUGGAUGAUAUAAACGUUCCCAGAUUUGAAUCUUUCGAUCUUUGUUGAGAUUUCAAGCACAGAGGGCUCAGAUUUAGUUCUCCCCGGUGUUGUUUUUUUGUAAUGAUAUUUCUCGAUGUAGCACUUAUGGUUGGUGGCUUUAUGAAAUUGCAGAUGAAGCCUCUGUGACAGGCCGCUGAGGUGCUGCUUUGUUGGGAUUCAAAAUGGACCGGCGGAGCUGGCUGUGGCGAAGGAAGUCUUCAGAGAAGAGUCCCGGAGAGACCGAAAGCUCAGGAUCGUUAUCUUCUCAUUCUGAAAGGUUCUCUGACGAGCAGGCAUAUCCAUCUCAAAAUACUCAAUCACCGGAAGUCACAUCUAAAUCUGCAAACAAUGAUGAAGAAGUUAACAAUAGUGUGAAGACCUUAACGGAGAAAUUAUCUGCUGCUCUUCUAAACAUUAGUGCCAAAGAAGAAUUGGUAAAGCAGCAUGCCAAAGUUGCAGAAGAAGCUGUCUCAGGCUGGGAGAAGGCUGAAAAUGAAGUACUCUCUUUAAAGCAACAGCUUGAGGCUGCCAAGAAGAAAAACUCAUUUCUUGAAGAUCGUGCCUGUCAUCUUGAUGGUGCACUGAAGGAAUGUGUGAGGCAGCUUAGACAAGCAAGAGAAGAGCAAGAGCAGAAGAUCAACGAAGUUGUUGAAAAGAAAACUCAUGAAUGGGAAUCUGAAAAAUCUGAGCUUGAGAGACAGCUUGUUGAACUUCAGGUCCAGCUUCAGGCUGCUGAAGCUGAAACUACUUCCUCAGUUGGUUCUGAUCUUCGCCCAAAGCUUGAGGCUGCAGAAAAAGAGAACUCAGCCCUCCAACUUGAGCUCCUUUCCCGGCUGGACGAGAUAGAAAUCAGGAUUAUGGAGAGAGACUUGAGCACGCAAGCUGCUGAAACAGCCAGCAAACAACAUUUAGAAAGCAUUAAGAAGGUGGCUAAGCUUGAAGCUGAGUGCCGCAGGCUAAAAGCCAUGGCUCGUAAAGCUUCCCUUGGUAAUGAUCACAAGUCGUUUUCUGCCUCUAAUUGUGUAGAAUCUUUUGCAGAUAGCCAGUCAGACUGUGGGGAAAGGCUACUGGCAGUUGAAACUGAUAUGUACAAAAUUAGUGGCUUGGAUCCUAAUGAAUGUGAACCAAACCGUUCUGACUCAUGGGCAUUAACUCUAGUCUCGGAAUUUGAUCAUUUUAAGAAUGAGAAGGUUCUCAGAAGAAACCUUAUGGUGCCUUCAAUAGAAAUAAAUCUCAUGGAUGAUUUCCUUGAAAUGGAAAGGCUUGUGGCAAUGCCAGAUACAGAAAGUGGUAGCUAUUGCCUUGAGACAGGGCCUGCUGUGGAUGAAGUCAAUGCUGGUGAAAGCCAUAUAAAAGCUGAACUCGACGCCAUGAUUGACAGGACUGCCGAACUGGAGGAAAAGUUGGAGAAGUUAGUGGCAGAAAAAGAGGGAUUUAAGAUGGCUUUAACUGAAUGUCAAAAGCAGUUUGAGACAUCACGGGGUCAGCUAAGAGAAGCAGAGCUGAAAUUGGUAGAACUACAGACUCAGCUAGCUCUUGCGGACAAAUUAAAGCAGGCUACAGAUCAAGAUCUAAAGGCCAUCCGAACAAAGCGGGAAACAGCAGAGUCGCAACUCAGAAUUGUUGAAGCUGAGGUCAAAUCCUUGCUUUUGAAAGUUAAUUCAUUAGAAGAAGAGGUUGAGAAGGAGCGUGCUUUGUCUGCUGAAAAUGUGGCCAAGUGUCAGAAAUUGGAGGAUGAACUUUUAAGAACCAAAAGAGAAGCUGAGAUCUACCGUGAUGCAGAGCUGCGGUUAGUGAAAAGCAAUGAUGGUGAAUUGAAGAUAAAUCAGGAGAAGGAGCUUGCUGUGGCUGCUAGUAAAUUUGCAGAGUGCCAAAAAACGAUUGCAUCGCUAGGCCAGCAGCUGAGGUCUCUUGCAACACUGGAAGACUUCCUGACUGACUCCGAGAAGCCACUAGAACUCACCGGUGAGGGAACUAAUGGUCUCAAAAAUGCCAGAGAACCAUUGAAAUUGCAAUUUGGCGACCUAAAGUUGCCAAAAAAAGAUUCUGAAUAGAUAAAAAUAGCCACUGAUGAUUCAAGUCUUUCAAAGAGUGGCAAUGAAAGGGAGUCAUCAUUCUCAGUAGACCCAAUUAUUGCCUCUGAAAAGACCCGAAAUGGGUUUGGAAAUUCCCUAGAAGUAAGAAUGUGAAUCGAAAUGAAAAUCAGGGAGAAUGAUAAGCGAAAGAAAUCAAAAGAAAAAUAAUAGGUUUGAGCUUUUCAUUGUAAAGCUGCUUUAUUUGUUCUUUACUACCAACACUAGCAAAUGCUUGUGACAAAACAAGAUUUAUUUACAUAGAAGGUGAUACUUGGGAAACAGAAAUUUCUCAAUGAAGAUAUAGCUGUACAUAAAUACGAUUGUUUUUAUCUACCUUUCGGCUCUUGGUUUCGAUA